GUGGCUUGCCCGAUUGCUUCUAUGGUUUCCAAAUCAGUCGCGGCUACUUCAUAGAAAGGAAAUCAAAGACAGGACGAUAGUCGUGUCAACCAUGGUUUAUAAAUACCACCUCAUCUACUGGCCAUCCCCAGAAUCAUCCCCAGCAACAUUCAAACACACCUUGCUAAUCAGCCCAAGUCAAAUCCCGAAUCUCUGAACACAACAAAAUGGCACCAUCAGCCCUCCCAGAUCCAAAUCCAACAAGCGCCACCUCCCCUCUCGCCUCCUACAAAGCCUACGACCAUGUCCACUGGUACGUCGGCAACGCGAAACAAGCCGCCUCCUACUACACUACCCGCAUGGGCUUCCAACGCAUCGCCUACCGCGGCCUUGAAACCGGCUCCCGAGUAACCUGCUCGCACGUCAUCCGCAACGGCUCUAUAACCUUCAUCCUAACCUCGCCUCUCCGCUCGCUCGAGAAACUCGAGCGCUUCACGGCCGAGGAACAAGACCAACUCCGUGAGAUCCACGCACAUCUUGAGAAACACGGGGAUGCAGUGAAAGAUGUUGCGUUUGAGGUUGAUGAUGUGGAGAGUGUUUUUGGGGCUGCGGUGAAGAAUGGGGCAGGAGUUGUAGCUGGGGUUAAGGUAUUGAAGGAUGAAGGGGGUACGGUGAAGGUUGCGAGGGUAAAGACGUAUGGGGAGACUACGCAUACGUUGCUUGAGAGGGGGGAUUAUAAGGGGGCGUUUUUGCCGGGGUAUCGGUUGGAGAAGGGGGUGGAGGAUCCAGUUGAGCGGUUGUUGCCGGGAGUGUUCUUGAAGAGGAUUGAUCAUUGUGUGGGCAAUCAGGAUUGGGAUGAGAUGGAGGAGAUUUGUGAAUAUUACGAAAAAGCCCUUGGCUUCCACCGUUUCUGGUCCGUCGAUGACAGCCAGGUUUGCACCGAAUUCUCCGCCCUCAAAAGUAUAGUCAUGGCCUCCCCCAACGAAAUCGUCAAAAUGCCCAUCAACGAACCCGCCAAGGGCAAGAAGAAAUCCCAGAUCGAAGAAUACGUCGACUUCUACAACGGCGCUGGCGUCCAGCACAUUGCACUUUUAACGGAUGACAUCAUUCGCGACAUUACAAACCUCAAGGCGCGGGGCGUUGAGUUCAUCAAGGUCCCUGACACAUAUUAUGAGGAUGUGCAGGUACGGCUUAAGAAGGCAGGUCUUGUUCUGGAGGAGGAUUUCCAGACGAUUCGGGAUUUGGAUAUUUUGAUUGAUUUUGAUGAGGGUGGGUAUUUGUUGCAGUUGUUUACGAAGCAUCUUAUGGACCGUCCAACUGUCUUCAUUGAGAUCAUUCAGCGACACAACUUUUCUGGUUUCGGAGCUGGUAAUUUCAGGUCGUUAUUUGAGGCGCUUGAGCGGGAGCAGGAACUGCGUGGGAACCUUGUGUAGUUUUCUACUUUUCUUGUAUGAAACGUAUAUGAAGUUAUGAUUCGCGUGUACAUGGUUAUAUCAAUUCAACAUCUUUCGAUGGCUUACUCAGGCUAGCACACAGGUG